CGUAACCUGCCUUCUACUUGGUUAUGGCUCCACACGAGAAGGGUCGUGCCGCGGAGUUGGUUGGGGGGGGGGGGGGGGGGGGGGCUUAAAGUGCUAAAAAAAAGGCUUGGUAGCACUAGGGUUAAUUAUUGUUGGCUAUCAUCUGAAUAAAUUUAAACAUAAGUUUACUCACAUACUAAAUUUAAGGUGGGAUGAAUAAGUUUCUCAUGAGAUUCAUUUAUUAGAAAUAGUUUAUAAAAAAUAUUAUGUUUGUUAAACAUUUCUGUAGAAAUAAAAUAUUUUCAAAAAGAAUUCAACUUUUUGAUUGUUUGUAUCAUUCGAAAAAGAACGUUGCCGGCGCUGCACCGCACCGCCACGAUAAUCUCUCCUUUGUAAUUUCGAUUGAAAUGAAAAUUUCAAUAGGAAGGUUUUUUUUAUUAAGAUAUUUUUUAAUUUUAUUGUUAUUUCAUAUUUAUUUGCCAAUAAUAUCUUCUAUAUACGUAUAUUCUUAUUUAUUUGUUUCUUUUAAAUAGUCCAAUUCAAGAUAUAAAACAUCAACUUGCGUCACUCAGUAUUCGAUUUAUUGACAAAAGUUUAUCAGGUCAUUGUGAUUUAACUAAAACAUGUGCAACAAAUUUAAAGAUUAUAAAUUCUGAUAAUGGAAUGAGUACUGAUUCACAAAUUCACAAACAAUUUUAUGAAGUUUAUAAGAAUGAUCCAGAAAUGAAUCAAGUAAAUGUAUUUAUGUGUUUUCAUCCUGUAGCAAUGUGUGAAAUAUUUAUGCCUUUCAAUCGUACAUUGAUCGUUAUCGCAUCUACUCGGUAUGAAUUAGCACGAUUUUCUAAAGAAGAUUGGACUAAAUUGAACAAAAAUCUUCAAAUAAUUGCUUCGGAUCCUCGGUAA